GAGAGAGAGAGAGAGAGAGAGAGAGAGAGAGAGAGAGAGAGAGAGAGAGAGAGAGAGAGAGAGAGAGAGACUAGCGAGGAGAGAGAGGGAGAGGGAGAGGGAAGGGCAAAUGGCCUCAUAAAUCAUUGACCUGCUUGCUUUAUACUUAGCAUCUUCGUAAUAGUUUUCUCACAGGUGUGCGCGUGCUCCUCUCGGAAUCGCAGGUAACUGGCCAUGUUCACAGUGACACAGUAAGAAGUGCAGUACAAGAAGACAGGAUUGUGGAUCACUCAGAAAACAACAAAUGGAUCCAGUUGUUGAAGUGGUGGCCAUGAUUCUCGGGUUUUUGGCCUGGAUUAUGGUAGGGGUCACCAUACCGAACCGCUACUGGAAGACCUCCACUGUGGAUGGUAGUGUUAUCACCACCUCCACUCUGUAUGAGAACCUGUGGAUGUCGUGCGCUACUGAUUCAACCGGAGUGCACAACUGCCGUGAGUUCCCCUCUCUGCUCGCCCUCUCCGGGUAUCUUCAGGCAUCGAGGGCUCUUAUGAUCGCCUCUGUGGUUCUCGGCACAUUCGGCCUGGUAGCUACACUCAUAGGCAUGCAGUGCUGCAAAGCAGCUGAGGACAACCAGGUUCUCAAAGGCAAGCUUGCUGGAACCGGAGGUGUCUUCUUCAUCCUACAGGGCUUGUGCACAAUGAUAUCUGUGUCCUGGUAUGCGUUCAACAUCACCCAGGAGUUCUUCAAUCCACUUUACCCAGGCACAAAGUUUGAGUUAGGAGAGGGAUUGUACAUUGGAUGGUGCUCUGGGACUCUUGCCAUCUGUGCUGGUGUAUGUCUAGUGUUUUCCUGCAAAACUAACACAGAUGAAAAGCCUGCGUAUGCAUAUCAACCCUCCAGAGGAACCAUAUACUCUGCAGGAGCAGCAUCAAGGAGAGAUGCUCAAAGCACUUAUGACAAGAAUGCAUAUGUCUGAUAAAUGAUCAAACAGUUAACCAGACCAGUGCAGGUCAGGUCACUGUAUAAAAAUGAUAAAGACCCACAGUUUGUUCACGUUCAUUUGUUCAGACUGCAAAUAUGUACAUAGUGUAUGUAGACUCGUACAAGACUUGGAAGCAGCAUAUGUUUGUUGGAAUCAAGUUUUGAAACUGUGCCAUAUGUGUGCCUUUACUUAAAACAACUGAAUUUAGAGAGUACCUGAGUUAUUUUAAACCCAUAUAUUUUAAAAUCUGUUGUACAGAAAUGCCUUGAAACAAUGCUGUUUUGUAACAUAACAAAUUUCACAUUCAUAUUUACAUUUUAUAUUAAUGCUUUUUAUGUGAUUUUGUAAAAGAACAGUCAUUCACAAUAUAAAUGAAUAAUCUUGUUGGAUUGUUUGUGAUAUUUAUAAUUCCCUGGCACAUUCAUAUGAAUGAAGGUCAAAAAAAAUCAUAUGCAUAUUCUGUGUGUUUAUGUCUUGUUUUAUAGCUACAAGUGUGAAAUAAAUAAAUAAAUAAA